AACAAACAGAAUAAUAGAAUCUAUCAUUGGGUUAGAUAGUGGAUAGGGUAGUCCCAACCCUAGGGUGAUCGGUUCCAUCGGGAACGAGCCUUGAGACAAAAUACCUACAAAAUGGUAGAAGUCUCAGUACAUGAUAACCGAGGAGUAGCGAAUAGCACAUUUAAAGAUAUCCUCAUUAGUCCUAACAAUGAUGACGUCAUCAUUCCAAUCAGUACGACGUUCGACAAAGCCGUAUUACACAUUGGUAUAGGGAACGGAUGUGGUAUAUUUAUAGAAAAGUUUGGUAUGAAGAAUGGUAAGGAGUUGAAAACUUCAGUGAAAUAUGCCACCCGAAAGUUCACAGACGCUCGUCAGCAAAGGAGAAACAAAGGUAAAGACCGAAAGGCAAGCAAAAGUGAAGAUAUUGAGAAGAUUGUAGAUGAAAGUGGUGAAAAGUUUAUGAGAGACAUUCCAAGUAUGAAAAAGAAAGAUAGACAGAUGGCUAGGCUAUUUGACCAUCUUUUGGCUCAGGCACCAACGGAAAACAAAAGUGGUAUUGAUACAAUAUCAGACACUAAACCUCUGAAAGAAAGCAAAUCUGUAGAUACCGAAAGCGACAUUGGUGCCACUGAUGAAAGUAUUCAAUCAAUAAUUGGGACAGUUUUAACAUCUGACAUAAAGAAUGACGUACAUGGAAAACAUAUGAAUGAUAAGGAAAUUGCUCGAAUUACUGCACCAAGUUUUGAUAAUCAAAUCCUGGUUGGGCCAAAUAUGAACAUCCAUUUCUACAAGCUAAAUGAAACACGUUUUAAUGCAGAGAGGACAACUUCAUUUGAAGCCAUAGAUAAAGCUUAUCAAGAGGAAAUGUUACAGAUUUCAUUUGAAAAAGAGGCAGGUGCAUAUAAACCAAAUCACAUUCGACCUUCGAAUGAAACUGGUUUUCCACUUGAAGACGAUAUGCAUAUUUAUCUGGAUGAAAUUUUUGUAAUCUCAAAACGAGGCACACAAAUGUUUGAUGAAUUUGUAUCAGCAACUAAAGAGAUGAGAACAAACGACAAACGACCAGAGGAUGUACCAGGAAGCGAAUCGACGAGUGCAAUUGUAGAUAUAGAUAAAGGUAACACAGAAGAAAACAGCAAUUUGUUUGGAGUUGUGCUUGGUCCAAUUUCAUGUGAUACAUUUGUAGAUAGAGCAGCCGAUAACGACAGCGAUACUUUAGAUGAUAUCGGCCCGGAUACGUUUGGUGACUUUCUAGACAAAGAGUCAGAUGAUUCAAUGAGUAAAGAAAAGGGUGACAGACAGAUGGCUUGGCUAUUCGACCAUCUUUUGGUUCAGGCACCAACGGAAAACAAGAGUGGUAUUGAUACAAUAUCAGACACUAAACCUCUGAAAGAAAGCAAAUCUGUAGAUACCGAAAGCGACAUAAGUGUCACUGAUGAAAGUAUUCAAACAAUAAUUGGGACAGUUUUAACAUCUGACAUGUGGAAUGACGUACAUGGAAAACCUAUGAAUGAUAAAGAAAUUGCUCGAAUUACUGCACCAAGUUUUGAUAAUCAAAUCCUGGUUGGGCCAAAUAUGAACACUCAUUUGUACAAGCUAAAUGAAACACGUUUUAAUGCAGAGGGGACAACUUCAUUUGAAGACAUAGGUAAAGCUUAUCAAGAGGAAAUGUUACAGAUUACAUUUGAAAAAGAGGCAGGUGUCUCUAAACCAAAUCACAUUCGACCUUCGAAUGAAACUGGUUUUCCACUUGAAGACGAUAUGCAUAUAUAUCUGGAUGAAAUUUUUGUAAUCUCAAAACGAGGCACACAAAUGUUUGAUGAAUUUGUAUCAGCAACUAAAGAGAUGAGAACAAACGACAAACGACUAGAGGAUGUACCAGAAAGCGAAUCGACGAGUGCAAUUGUAGAUAUAGAUAAAGGUAACACAGAAGAAAACAGCAAUUUGUUUGGAGUUGUGCUUGGUCCAAUUUCAUGUGAUACAUUUGUAGAUAGAGCAGCCGAUAACGACAGCGAUACUUUAGAUGAUAUCGGCCCGGAUACGUUUGGUGACUUUCUAGACAAAGAGUCAGAUGAUUCAAUGAGUAAAGAAAAAGGUGAUAGACAGAUGGCUUGGCUAUUCGACCAUCUUUUGGCUCAGGCACCAACGGAAAACAAAAGUGGUAUUGAUACAAUAUCAGACACUAAACCUCUGAAAGAAAGCAAAUCUGUAGAUACCGAAAGCGACAUUAGUGUCACUGAUGAAAGUAUUCAAUCAAUAAUUGGGACAGUUUUAACAUCUGACAUAAGGAAUGACGUACAGGGAAAACCUAUGAAUGAUAAAGAAAUUGCUCGAAUUACUGCACCAAGUUUUGAUAAUCAAAUCCUGGUUGGGCCAAAUAUGAACAUCCAUUUCUACAAGCUAAAUGAAACACGUUUUAAUGCAGAGGGGACAACUUCAUUUGAAGCCAUAGAUAAAGCUUAUCAAGAGGAAAUGUUACAGAUUUCAUUUGAAAAAGAGGCAGGUGUCUAUAAACCAAAUCACAUUCGACCAUCGAAUGAAACUGGUUUUCCACUUGAAGACGAUAUGCAUAUAUAUCUGGAUGAAAUUUUUGUAAUCUCAAAACGAGGCACACAAAUGUUUGAUGAAUUUGUAUCAGCAACUAAAGAGAUGAGAACAAACGACAAACGACUAGAGGAUGUACCAGAAAGCGAAUCGACGAGUGCAAUUGUAGAUAUAGAUAAAGGUAACACAGAAGAAAACAGCAAUUUGUUUGGAGUUGUGCUUGGUCCAAUUUCAUGUGAUACAUUUGUAGAUAGAGCAGCCGAUUACGACAGCGAUACUUUAGAUGAUAUCGGCCCGGAUACGUUUGGUGACUUUCUAGACAAAGAGUCAGAUGAUUCAAUGAGUAAAGAAAAAGGUGAUAGACAGAUGGCUUGGCUAUUCGACCAUCUUUUGGCUCAGGCACCAACGGAAAACAAAAGUGGUAUUGAUACAAUAUCAGACACUAAACCUCUGAAAGAAAGCAAAUCUGUAGAUACCGAAAGCGACAUUGGUGCCACUGAUGAAAGUAUUCAAUCAAUAAUUGGGACAGUUUUAACAUCUGACAUGAAGAAUGACGUACAUGGAAAACAUAUGAAUGAUAAGGAAAUUGCUCGAAUUACUGCACCAAGUUUUGAUAAUCAAAUCCUGGUUGGGCCAAAUAUAAACACUCAUUUGUACAAGCUAAAUGAAACACGUCUUAAUGCAGAGGGGACAACUUCAUUUGAAGACAUAGGUAAAGCUUAUCAAGAGGAAAUGUUACAGAUUACAUUUGAAAAAGAGGCAGGUGUCUCUAAACCAAAUCACAUUCGACCUUCGAAUGAAACUGGUUUUCCACUUGAAGACGAUAUGCAUAUUUAUCUGGAUGAAAUUUUUGUAAUCUCAAAACGAGGCACACAAAUGUUUGAUGAAUUUGUAUCAGCAACUAAAGAGAUGAGAACAAAAGACAAACAACUAGAGGAUGUACCAGAAAGCAAACCGACGAGUGCAUUUGUAGAUAUAGAUACAGGUAACACAGAUGAAGACAGCAAUUUCUUAGGAGAUGUGUUUGACAAAGAUCAAAGAGGUCCAAUUCCAUGUGAUACAUUUAUAGAUAGAGCAGCCGAUAAUGACAGCGAUACUUUAGAUGAUAUCGGCCCGGAUACGUUUGGUGACUUUCUAGAUAAAGAGUCAGAUGAUUCAAUGAGUAAAGAAAAAGGUGCAGUUGAUGAAACGUCAGAAAGAUUGACAAAACAAAAAGAUAAUACCAGCAUCAGCCGAGCACUGUGA